UGAAAUAUAUCAUAAAACUAGUAUCUGGAUUACCUCCCUUUGAAUACCAGUGGGAAUAUUUUCAAUGAAUAUGUUAUUUUGUCAAUAAAAUAUUACAAUUAAUAUUCUAUCAAUGAUAAUAAAUUACAAUAUUGGGGAAAACACACAAAGACUGUGAUAAUACUCUUUUUAUUGAAAAAAUAAAUUAAAAAAAAAUAUUUACUGCGGAUUCAUUUACUGCAUUUGUAUACAAGAAAAUGGAGGGAAUAAAUGACUGCUGCAGUUUCAGCAGGUUAGGAGAUUGUUCUGGCCAUAUCAUCCAUUUUCUUGAUUGCCAGAAAGAUGUUGUUGCCCACCUUAGAUAUUUAAAAGUGUGUACUACAGGUUCAAAUGUAAAUGAGCAGGAUCUGAUACUGUAUCGCGCCGGAUUGUUUGAUGUUGAUGCAGCCUGCAGGCAAUUACUACUGAUUUGCCAAGCCCAUAGAGAUUCUCUUGGGACUUACUGGAAAACAAACAGUUCGAAAUGUGCCUAUCCAGUCCAUUCAUCAAAGUGUAAAGGAGAUAGAGCCAUUGACUUUAAAACUUCAAAAGAACUAUUUUUCUUGUAUCAAUCCUUGAUACCUGUUGGAAGUGGAAUAUGUAAGCCAUGUAGAACUUCUCACCCUCAUGUGAUUUCUACAAGGAGUCAAAUAUACAGGACAACAUCAUAUGGUGAUGAUACAGAAUCAAUAGAACUUGCAAAUUUAGAUAUUUACCAUGAAUUCGAAGAUGAUAAGGAUGAUUCUUGCAACAACAAUACAAGUACCAAAAAUUAUGAAUAUGCCACAGAAAAAGAGGAACAUUUCACCCUUGCCAGCUGCAGUCAGACUUCUGAUUGUGCAUCUUAUUUCUUUCCAACUCAAAGUACUGCCACGGUGAGCAGCCAUGAAGAAUGGGAACCUGAAAUGUCUGGCUUAGAGAAAGUCAAUGCUGUUAUCAAACUUGUUUCUGAUGGCUCUUUUUCACUAUUGAGAUCUCAGCUUACAAUACCUUGGGAAUCAGCGUCAAAAAGAACACAAAGUUAUUACUUGAAAAAAGCUGAUGACUUGGUAUUAGGAACUUUACAGCUGAUUGCCCCAAACCAGUCAGACACCUUAUUUAAGAGCAUUGUCCAAAAGAACAAGACAGUUAACCUUGAUUGUCCUGAUAAUUAUCUUCCGUCUAUGAUUGCUGCAUACCAAGAAGCAGAUUCUCCAUAUCUUAAACGUCAAAUUUUAUCACUAUUUGCAAGUAAAUAUUCUAAAGAGGCUUUAUUUACCGCAAUACCUGGUUUGACAAAACACAAGAUAGAAGCUGCGAGAAAAUAUGGAAAGGUCAAAGAAACAGAAUUGCUAGAUCAAGACCAUAAUAUGACUGCCAAACUUCCCAUCGAAAAAGUUCAGCAUUUUGUAAGUUUUGUAUCUCAGCCACAAUAUGUCCAAGAUGUUGCAUUUGGAGAAAGGAUCCUUAAACUAUCUACUGGACAAAAAAUACAUAUACCUGAUGUUGUUAGAACAGUAAUAGGCAGUCGAAUAAUUUCAUCUUACAAAGCAUAUUGUUCAGAAUCAAACUUUGAACCGUUGGGAAGAUCAAGCCUGUACAACAUUUUGAAGCAGUGUUCAGCAAGUCAGCGUAAAAGCCUUAGUGGUUUAGACAAUACAACAGCAGAUGGUAUAACAUCUUUUGACAAGCUAAUCAGUUUGACAGACAAUAUGGAGGAUUUCACUCAAAAUGAAGUUCAUGAUUUCAAGGACAUUCAACGAAGAUUGCGAGCUUCAAAGCGGUAUUUGUCUUGCGAUUACAGAUGGCAUGUUGCAAAAUCAUCAAAAGUAGCUGAUCAUUGCAUGCAUUAUGCUCUUAGUGAUUCAAACGUAAAAGAUUUACAAGAGAAAUGUGAUCAUACACAUGACGAAUGUUGUGAACUGUGUACAGAUAUGAGCUCCGUAAUUGAUGACCUAGAGCAGAUUGUUAUAGAUGGAACAUUUCCAUCAGAAGAAAUGAAAACUGAAUAUCUGCAUGACUUCCAAAGCUGCAAGGAAAAAGUGUUUCAGUGGAAGCAACAUGUAUUGAGAACAGUCAGUCAAGAACAGGCAAAACAUUUGGUUCUUGAGAAUCUUCUUCCAAAUGAAAUUUUUAUAGUUAUGGAUUGGGCCAUGAAAUUUCUUCCAUGGUUUGACCGUGAAAAGCAAACUGAUUUUUAUGGUAAAAAGGGAAUUAACUGGCAUGUAAGUGUUGUAUUAUCCAGAGGUAUUGAUAUGAAAAUCAAUACUGACUGUUAUGUACAUUUGUUUGACAGUAUCCCCCAAGGAUGGUAUGCUGUUGCUUCAACAAUUGAGAGCUUAUUAAACUGCAUAAAAAGCAAAGAUGAAACUAAAGAUACAGUAUAUCUUCGUAGUGAUAAUGCCUCCUGUUAUCACUGUGGACCACUGAUGGCUGCUAUUCCAGAAAUUUCUCAAAGAACAGGGAUAAACAUUUUUCGGUACGAUUUCAGUGAAGCUCAAAGCGGUAAGGAUAUUUGCGACAGAAGAACUGCUCCAAUGAAGAUACAUGCAAAACGGUUUGGAAAUGAAGGGAACAAUAUUACAACUGCAGAAGAGUUGAAAAGAGCCCUUGAAAGUUAAAGUGGUAUCAUGAACACACAUGUGUAUGUUGCUGAAGUUGAUUUUAGUGCACAGACUAUGAAAAAAUGAUCCAUACCAAACAUAAAUAUGUACAACAAUUUCAGCUUUGAGAUUGGAGGUCUUAGAAUGUGGCAAGCUUAUGAU